UGACGCCAUGGCACUCACUAUAGCCUGGGCAACAAAAGUGAGACUCUGUCUGAAAAAAAAAAAGAAUGCAGAAGAGUUAUAGGGCCUGAGGUUUGAGAGAUGAGUAGGGCCAAAUCAUAUAGGGCAGUAUCUUUUUAUGUACUGACAUACUUAGAAUUAAUUUUCUGGUUGAAAACUAAUCUGUUAUUUGAAACAGAGUGACAAUGAAAACUAUCAUCCACAGUUAUACCUUAUAGGUUCUUAUCUAGCCCAAGCUCUCAGGGAAGUUAAGGAAAUGAAAUCCAGCUAAGGCUAAGAUUUACAAAGUGCACUGCUUUGCAGUUUUUGUCUCAUCUGCCAGAGUAGAGUAAGUACUAUACACUUUUAUAAGGAUAUAUAGCAUAAAAUGAUGAUGCAUUUCCUCCUGUCAUUGAUAAGAGAAUUUUAACAAAAUUAAAUUUCUUGGUUUAGAAUUUGAAAGCAAUUUGUAUGCCAUGAAUUACUUGGAUAAACAAUUCAGAUCUUUCUGUACUUGGCUGUAUGAGUUUUAUUGGUCUGGUGCUGUUUCCACUGUUAUUUUUCAAUUUUUAGAAUUUUAGUUGUAAACAUACUAUAUACAGAUAUAAUUUUGUCUUCUUUCUGUUUGCAUGUUAUACUUUUCAUAUUAGUACAUAGUCUGAUUUCUGAAUAUUAAAUUCAAUGUAUUUGCUAUUGUUUUGAUCAUAUCUCUAAUACAAACAUUAUACCCAUUUUGCUUUUUUCAAAGGAAAUUUGAAAUUACAGAUGUUCUCAAUACAAUAAAUUACAUUUUGCCAUUUUUUGACUUUUUAUUGUUUUGAAUUUAAUGUUUCAAAUUUGGUGCACAGUAAUUUUAAAGGAAAAACCGACAAGUUUAAAACAUUGAUAUUAUAUAAUUUAUAUUAAAAUGAUACGCGUUUUAUAAAUUGGUAAGAAUACAAAAUAAAUGAAAACCAGAUUGCCUCUUAUUUGAAGUUUAUUUGGGGGGGCAGAAUUUGUUUGCUCCUAUAUAUUUCAUUUUUUAAAAGAAUCAGGCAAGAAAGAUUAUAAUCGCGUGAUUAUCAAAUGAGAAAUUUAGUCUUAUUUUAUCCAAAAGAAAAUUCUAGAAGCCCAUUCAGAAAUGAUUUAAUAUUGAAGUUCCAAUAGUGUUGGUUAUAAAUCCAAUCUCGACAUCUCUCAAAAUUGUACAAAGAAGUGGUGGAGCUGGGAAUUUAUUAGGGCUUGUAGAUUUCUCAGGCUGUUUAUUUCGGUACAACCAAACCUUAGCACAGCGCAGGCCACACCUGAAGGCGGAUUCUCCUCGGCCAGCUAACUGCCCCAGAGAGCAGACUCAAUCCUGCGGUCCCGCCGGGGCCCACCUGCCCGCGUCCAGCCCCGAGCCCUGGGUCUGGGUCAGGGUCUAGAGUCCUGCCCGGCUCUCUGGGCCCGCGGGGGCGACCAUGGACACUGCUGGGCGCGCUCCGGGCCACGGAGCCGCGGCAAGGAGACUGCCGAUUGGGGCUGCUGCAGCCGCGAAGGGGCUUAAGGAAGACCUGAGGGGUGUGGCCGCCCGGCCGUGGAGGGAUUUAUCCCGGGCCCCAAAGCAGGAGGGGCAUGGAGAAGAAGAGCCUGCCGCUGACGGACGCGAGUUCCUACUGCCAAAUGAGAAAAGCUUUCAGAAAGCUGCUAAAAGCAAUAAUUUGGUUCUUCUGGAGAUGCUGUUUGAAAAGAAAGUUAACAUUAAUGCCGUGAACAAUAUGAACCGUACAGCCUUGCAUUUUGCAGUUGGGGGAAAUCAUUUAUCUGCAGUGGAUUUCUUGCUUAAUCACAAGGCCAGGGUGGAUGUUGUUGAUAAGCAUGGCUUGACAGUAAUUCACCUUGCAGCCUGGUCUGGAAACCUUGAUAUCAUGCUCAUGCUGGUUAGAGCUGGAGCUGACCAGAGAGCUAAGAAUCAGGAUGGAAUGAACGCCCUCCACUUUGCAGCUCAGAGCAAUAAUGUGCACAUCAUGGAGUACCUCAUUCAAGAUCUGCAUCUGCAGGACCUGAACCAGCCUGAUGAGAAAGGAAGAAAACCAUUUCUUUUGGCUGCUGAGAGGGGCCAUGUUGAAAUGAUAGAAAAACUUAUCUUCCUUAAUCUGCAUACUUCAGAAAAGGACAAGGAGGGAAACACUGCCCUGCACCUUGCUGCAAAGCAUGGUCACAGUCCUGCAGUGAAGGUGCUGCUAACGCAAUGGCAAGAAGUAAAUGAGAUGAAUGAGAAUGGAGAAACACCAUUCUUUCUGACUGUUGAAGGAGGUCAUGAAGAAUGCAGCAAAGUGUUACUGGCAGCAGGAAGUGAUAUCAACAUUCCAAAUAAACUCAAUAUCAGUGGUUUACAGAUAGCUACCCGGAAUGGCCACGCAUCCCUUGUCAACUUUCUUCUCAGUGAGAACGUGGAUCUGCACCAGAAAGUGGAACCUAAGGAGUCCCCCCUUCAUAUAGCUGUUACCAACAACCAUAUCACAGUUGUAAACAGCUUAUUAAGGGCACAGCAUGACAUUGACAUCUUAAAUCAGAGACAGCAAACCCCUCUGCAUGUAGCUGCUGAUCUUGGAAAUGUGGAGCUGGUGGAAACCCUGCUGAAGGCAGGCUGUGACUUGAAGGCUGUUGAUAAGCAAGGGAAGACUGCCCUGGCAGUGGCCUCCAGGAGCAACCAUAGCCUUGUGGUGGACAUGCUCAUUAAAGCAGAGAGAUACUAUGCUUGGAGAGAGGAGCGUCAUGAGAGCGUCAGGGACCCGUCAACAGGCUUUACUAUGACGUUCAAGCAAGAUCACAGUCUGGAGACCAGGCAUAUCCGCAUGCUCCUCUGGAACCUAGCUUACCGUAAGCUGAAGGCCAACCAGUGGCAGAAGCUGGCCCGUUCAUGGAACUUCACAGAUAACCAGAUCAGAGCCAUCGAGGAACAGUGGUCAGGAGAUGAAAGCUUCCGUGAACAUGGCCAUAGGGCUCUGCUCAUCUGGCUGCAUGGAGCCCUGAUGACUCAGGCUGAUCCGGCCAAGUACCUGUAUGAAGAGCUGGUACGCGCAGGUUUCCCAGAACUCGCUGAAAAGAGUCGUCAAUUCAAAAGCAAAACUGACUCAAGCUCCAAGAAAUGUGCAGUUUCAUAAAUGCCUAAGGAAAUUAUAUUUAAAUGAUUUUCCACUGAGCAUUAAGUUCUUUUGAUGCCAUAAAUUUUUUCUAGCAGUAUUGAUUUUUCCUUUGACUAUGAAGAUGGCGGUGACAGGAUCCUCUAACAGAUGAAAAAAGACUAAUAUUGUUAUACUUUUCAACCACAGAAAGUCAAAUAUCCUUUUUGGUUUUUGCUUAAAGCAAGAUGUAUGUGAUUUUCCCAUUUCUGUCAUUUGAUGUAAUACAUGUAAUAGCUUAAUCUGAGGGUUCUGAACAUCAUGUUUAACAAAACCUGAUGGUGGAGCAGCAGCAUACAUAGUAUAUGGAAAAAAACAAGGGUUUUAUGAUAGAUAAGGUUUUUUUUUCUUUUUGA